AUGCAGACAGCCAAGCAAGCGGUGGAGCGCUUCCAAAGCGAAGGCGACCGCAAGAACGAGGCCCUGGCACUGCAGACGGUGGCGAGGACCCACAUCGCCAACAGGGAGUUCCUUCGGGGCGCGCGUGUGGCCAAGGAUGCACAGCAGAUCUUGGCCCAACUGGGAGACACAGAUGGAGAGAUCCAGAUGCUUCAGACCGCGGUGGAGGCGCAUCUUGCGAGGCCCGAAGAAGAGGCCAAGGAAGACGCGCUGCAGACAGCGAUGGAAGCACUCGCUGAGUUCCGGCGCAGGGAGAACCUCCGAGGCCAAGCGCUGGUGCUCUCUCUGCUGGCGCGAACAUACCACAAGGUGGCGGACCCGGAGAGUGCCGUGUACGUGGUGCGGGAUGCUGUGACUCUUUUCCGAGAACUAGGUGAUCGGAAGUCUGAGAAUGCCCUGCUGCGCUCCAUCAUCAACGAUGAAUUGGUUCCUACGGCCAUUGAAAGCUCUGAUUUGGCCCUGCGCGCCGCCAAAGCGGCGCUGGCUGUGUGCCAUCAGUCUGAGGACAAGAGGGGCCAGGCAGCCAUGUUGAAGACAACAUUCAGGAUCCUCCUGGCACGGGAGAAACCGGAGCGGGCCCUGCAGGCAGCGGAGGAGGCCUUGAAGAUGUACCGCGAGCAGGAGGACCGCAAGGGUGAGGCCGAGAUGACGCUCCUGGCCUCCAAGGUGCUGCUCCAGCGCGAGGAGCACCGCCGUGCCCUGGGCGCCGCCGAGUGCGCUGCGAGCAUUUUCCGCGAGGUGGGUGAUGCCCCAGGGGAGCUGGCGGCUCUGCAGGCGGCGGUGGAUGUGCACGCGGCACGAGGGGACCAUGCCAUGGUCCUCGAGGCCUCCGAGGAGGUGCUGGAGAAGUGCCGGUCCCUGCAGGACCCCGCGUCUGAGGCUACUUUGUUGCAGCGGAUUUGCGAGGUCUACUUGGAGCAAGGAGGCAAGGAAAACGCAGAGGUGGUGGCGCGCACCGCCAAAGAGGCCCACGUCCUGGCCCGCGCAGCUGGGGACCUGGGCCGGGAGACCUGCGCUCUGGCAGCCUUGGCGAGAUCUCACCUUGCAGGUGGCAGGGCUCAAGAGGCCGUGGAAGUCUCUAAAGAGGCCGUUCGCUGUGCCCACGACUCUGGGGAUCGCCGGAGCCAGAUCACGGCCCUUCACACCUUUGGCGACGUGUCCUUGAAGCUGGGUCACGCUUUCGAUGCCAUCGAGUCCUCGAAGGAGGCGAUCGAAUAUGCUCGCUUCGAGGGCUUGGUGCAGCAGGAGGCGGCAGCCCUGAGCACACUGGUGGCAGCGCGGCUGCUGAACGCAGAGCCGAGCGAGGCCUUGCGCGCUGCCAAGGAGGCUCAUGACCGGGCCAAGAGGCUGGGGAACCUGCGUGCAGAGGCGGCGGCCCUGCACGCUGUGGCUAGUGUCUGCCUUCACAUCAAGGCACCUCAGGAGGCCAUCCAGGCGUUGGAUGGGGCCCAAGCCAACUACAAGAGGCUGAAGGACCGCAAGAAGGAGGCGGCUGUUGUCAACAUGGCCGUGAAGGCGCAGCUGCUGGGCGGCGACCCCGCCUCUGCCUUGCGGGCGGCCAAGGAGGCGCGGGGCAUGGCGCGGGAGCUGCGGGACCGCAAGGCAGAGGCAGAGGCGCUGGACGCAGCAUCACAGGUGCACCUGGCCAAGCGAGACUUCCACGAAGCCCUGGACUGCGCCAAGAGCAUGGCGCAGAUCUACGACGAGCUGCAAGAGGAGACCUCUGCAGCCAAGGCGAAGCAGCUGCUGACAUCGAUCUACCUGGCCAAAGGUGACGCCAGAACUGCGAUCGAUGUGGGCGAGGAUGCUGUGGCCCUGUACCAGAAGCUGGAGGACCAGAAAGCAGAGGCUGCGGCGCAACACCUGUGUGCGCAGGCCUACUUGCAGCGUCAUCACGACGAGGAGAAGAGUCGGCAGCAGCAAGGCAUGAGCCGCCAAGGCCCUGUUUCUCAGGAUCCUAGCGAGGCUGUCAGGGCAGCCCUGCGGGCAAGAGCUCUCUUCAGGCAGCACGGCAACAUCACAGGUGAGCUAGAGGUCAUGGACACCUUAGCGCGGGCGUAUAUCCGGAAGGGCGAUCCGAGGGAAGGCGCCCGGGUCGCUGAGGACUACCUGGCAGCCGCCAGGAAGGCCAGGGACAAGCCAGCAGAGGCCAGUGCUUUGCUGGUCUCUGCCAGCGCGCUGGCAAGCAGCCAACAACUGCAAGAGGCACUACGCUCUGCGGAGGCAGCACGCAACCUGUUCCGCGAUUUAGGCAAUGCGGAGAGCCUCUCAGAGGCAGAGCGCUUCGUGGCUGUGGUGAACGACGCCUUGGGCGAGCUGGGGCACCGUAGACCAGCUGCGCCGGCCAACCUGGCAGCGCCGCCAGACAAGCGCUCGCCCAGCGGCCGCUUUGGCUUCCGGCCUCCGCAAGAUGAGAACAACGGCAGCCUCAUCACUGGACAGCGUCAAGAGCAAGGUCGAGCCACCGGCGGUGUGGAUCCCACGCCGCUGUACAACCGCAAGGCCUUCCCAUGGACGCAGCGGCAAUCGGUCAAGGCAACGCCUGGCAUUUGA